UGGUCUGGCCCCGUCCUUGGGCAGAGGAUUCGGUCUGGUGCCCGGCGCUUUGAUGCUGAGGUUUUACAUUGGAGGUUCCCACCGAGAUAUCUGCCCCAGGACCGCCAGUGCCACCGGGAGGUUAAGGAUCGGGUCUUCGAUAAGGAACCCCAUGGACACUUGGACCAAAUAGCAUACAUUGUUGUUUGGGAAAAUUUGGCUACAGACCCUCCGACAUGGGCAGCCCCGUUUGUGACUCUCCGACCUCCUCCGAAGGCGGUCUCGGAGAAACCAUCGGCUCCUCCCCUCCCUCCUUCUUCACCCUUGGUCCCUGUCCCGGCUCCAGACCAUCACCUCUAUCCUGUCCUAGAGAAGAACUCCCCCUCUAAACCCCCUAAGUCUAAACCUGUACUACCCCCAGAUGACUCGGUUCUCAUAGACUUGCUUACAGAAGAGCCACCACCAUAUCAGCCAGCUCCACCCCUUCCCGCCCGAGCUGCUUGGGAUAAGGAGGAAGGAGAAAAACCGGAUAGCACAACCCCCACACUGGGCGAGGAGGAAUCAGACUCCCCAGAUCCUAUGGUUCUCACAAACCUGAUUGAAUCGAUCCUUAUAACCCACCAGCCCACAUGGGACGAUUGUCAGCAGCUUUUACAGGCACUCUUAACUUCAGAAGAAAAACAAAGAGUGUUCCUGGAGGCCAGGAAGAACGUCCCGGGCGAUGAUGGGCGACCCACUCAACUCCCCAAUGAAAUCGAUGCUGCUUUUCCCUUAACUCGCCCUGAAUGGGAUUUCAACACGGCUGAAGGUAGGGGACACCUACGUCUUUACCGCCAGUUAUUAAUAAUGGGUCUUCAUGGCGCUGGACGCCGACCUACCAAUUUGGCUCAGGUAAGACAGGUUAGUCAGGGAAUGGAGGAAACUCCUACUGCUUUUCUGGAGCGUCUGAAAGAGGCCUACCGUAUGUACACCCCCUUCGACCCUGAAAGUGAUGCACAAAGGGGCAAUGUACUGAUGGCCUUCAUAUGGCAAUCGGCACCAGAUAUCCGCAAUAAGUUGCAGAGACUAGACAAUCUGCAAGAUUAUACCUUGCCUGAUUUAUUGAAAGAGGCAGAGAGGGUUUUCAACAAAAGAGAAACUCCUGAAGAGAAGGAAGAAAGACUUAGAAAAUUACAGGAGGAAAGAGAGGAAAGACUAAAAAAGGAAUUAGAGAAUAGAGAAAAAGAAAAAGAUCGAAAACGCCAUAGGGAACUUAGUAAACUCUUGGCCACCGUAGUACAGAAUAACACAGGCACAGGGAGACAGGAAAGGAAGGGAGAUAGAAGGAGGCCCCGGGUGGAUCGAGACCAAUGUGCCUACUGCAAAGAAAAGGGUCAUUGGAUCAGAGACUGCCCAAAUCGACCAAGGGGGCCAAAAGAAGGCCUAACCAACAAGCCCAUGGACACUGGAGCUCAACACUCAGUGCUCACUAGUACCCAAGGACCCCUGAGCAGCCGAACUGCCUGGGUACAAGGGGCUACCGGAGAAAAGCAGUAUCACUGGACCACGGAAAGGAAAGUUCACCUGGCCUCAGGUAAAGUCUCCCACUCCUUUCUACAUGUUCCUGAUUGCCCCUAUCCGCUCCUGGGGAGAGACUUAUUGACCAAGCUAAGAGCCCAAAUACAUUUCGAAGGAUCAAGGGCCACCAUAUCAGGCCCUAACGACCCCCUCCAGGUCCUCACCCUACAAUUGGAGGACGAGUACCGACUUUUCGAUCCACCACUCAAACCAACUGAAAAUCUAGAGUACUGGAUCAAAAGGUAUCCCUUGGCCUGGGCAGAGAGGGGGAUGGGGCUAGCAAGGCGCCAACCGCCCCUUGUUAUAAACUUAAAAGCAACAGCAACCCCAGUCUCCAUAAAGCAGUAUCCCAUGACCAAGGAGGCCUAUGAAGGGAUAAAGCCACACAUAAAAAGACUCUUGGACCAGGGGAUAUUAACCCCCUGCUGUUCCCCUUGGAACACUCCCCUCCUUCCUGUCAAGAAACCAGGAACAGGGGAUUACCGCCCAGUCCAAGAUCUCAGAGAGGUCAAUAAAAGGGUGGAAGACAUCCACCCCACAGUGCCUAAUCCUUACAACCUGCUGAGCACUUUGCCGCCGACACAUCAAUGGUAUACGGUCCUUGACCUGAAGGACGCAUUUUUUUGUUUAAGGCUCAGUGCACAAAGCCAGCCCUUAUUUGCAUUUGAAUGGAAAGACCCUACAUUAGGAGUAUCAGGGCAAUUGACCUGGACCCGAUUGCCACAAGGGUUCAAAAAUAGCCCCACCCUCUUCGAUGAGGCCCUCCACCACGACUUGGCAGAUUUUCGCAUCAGACAUCCGUCAUUGAUCCUGCUCCAAUAUGUUCUACUGAAUGGAGAGCGGCAUGCAGGAGCAGCAGUAGCAGACACCGCCCAGGUAAUUUGGGCCAGCGCACUUCCAGCUGGCACCUCUGCUUAA